AUAUGAUGUGUUAACAUAUACAUUGCAAAUUAUAAUAAUUAGUCAUAAAAUGACGACUGAUUCGCAAUACGCCUCCAGCAAUUCGCAGGAUCUGGGUACCAACAACCAACGCGAAUAUAUUUACUCAUAAAAUACUCAUGAAACAAACAAUUCAGAAAACUAUGGGUACUUAUUUUCAAGAAUUUUGAACCGAUUUCUAACUUUAUUGGAACCAAUUAGGCCAAACGUUCUCCAAAAAAAAGUGGUUGUAAUUUACCUCCCUCAUUUUUCUUUGGAAGCGUGUGCUGGAUGCUGGAAGGUGUAUUGUCAAAUAUCCAUGGUAUAUCUGUGCUGUUGUAACUUUACCUAACUAAAACGAGACUGGGUGGUUAAAAUAGCCUACAGGUUUGUGUUUUGCAUUCCAGUAUUGGUCAGUUGAUCCAGAAAAUAAACCAUGAGUGAUCCAGGAUUUCCCGGUCAACAUUCUACUACAACUACAGUGAAAUCAUCUACGACAGCUGUAGAUACUACCAUAAGAUUUGAUGGAUCCUAUAUAAGAACUUUACCUGGAAUGUUGAAAAUUUCCCAAGUUUCAUUGAACUUGUUGGGUUUCAUCUGUAUAGAAGCAGGUGGACCAUGGGCCUAUCACAGCAGAGGAGUCUGGUUUAACUUUGUUGCUAUGACUGGAUUUUGGUUAACCUUAAUUUUGCUUGCCUUAUAUCUGUUCCACAUUAUAGAACGCUUUUAUAAAAUUCCAUGGCUCAAAUUUGAGUUGGGCUAUUGCGGGUUGUGGGCUGGAUUGUACAUUAUUGCUGCCUCCUUAGCGCUAUCGUUUACACAUGUGGAAGCUUUCAUUGCAGCAGGGUUCUUUGGCUUUUGUGCCAUGAUCGCGUAUGCGUUGGACGCAUUCUUGAAAUACAAAGCGGUUCAAAGCGGUCAGUUAGCCCAAGGCGAGAGAAUGGUCAGCAAGCAAACAACCGCUGUCAACUCACCGACUUAUUAAACCCACAUAUCUAAUUUUCAUUUUUCUGUAUAUUAUCCUAUUUUUAAUCCAAUUGGAAUUACUUCGGUGUCUGGCAUGGAGUUACCAAAAUCUCUUUCUGUUCAGUUUAAACAUCCAGAUUCUUAUAUAGUGUAUAAUAUUCUUAAUCUCUUUUUUGGAAAAGAUAUAUACUCGUUAUUUAAAAGGCAUUUUUUUUGGGAAAAUGUCAUGAAAAGAAAACAAAUAAUGCUUUUCAAUAUUUAAACACUUAGGAAUGGGACAACGCCUAACUGUUGUGUUUAUUUCAUAUUUAUUAAUAAUUUUUAUAUUUUUCGCCAGUGAUGGGGCUUUAUGGACACUAAAGGCACUUUAGAAUGGUUAGCUGACAAGUACUGAAAGUGCCUCUUUCUGCAUACUCACUCCAUCACGGGCGACAAAAUCAACUUCCACACCUGUUAGAUUUUUUUUGUUCCUUGUCUGUGAAAAGUAGUCAACACAAAUUGUGGUUUCCUGCAAUUUAAUUUCUGAAAUUUAUAAACAUUUUGAUUCUAAGAUUGAAUUUUUCUAAGUUAGAAAGAAAAGGAUGGUUGAGAUGCUACUAACCUUCAGAUUUCAUAUGUUUAAUGCUCAUUAAUGUUUUUUUUUCAAGGCGAUCUUAUCAAAUGUUUUCAGACAAAGCAUAUGGCAGUGGUCCAAUUUGAAGUCAGUUUCUAUUACAGAGGGCUAUGAGAAGGAGAUACCGACUGGUACAUUUAAUGCCCAAUAUCUUUACAGCAUUUAUUGUAUGGGAAACAUUAAUACAAAGUUUAAAAUAAUAUAGUAGUUACUUUAUACAAUUUAGGGCAGAGAUGUAUCUUUCAAUGAAAAAUGCCAUAUUGUAAUGCAAAAUAUAUAAUCAUAACAAAAUAUAUUUAAGGGAUUCUAUAUGAAAGUGCAUUUAUAGUGAGCAUUUCAGAUUCAUGAUUAACAUUGUGUUUUAUUUCCUUCUUGUUUGCUCUGGUAAUUCCUGGUUAUCUUAAAGAUGUUUUGACUCAGAAUAAACACCAUAUGGAAGUGACAAUAGACGGCAAAAUGUUUGAAUGUGGGAAACUGUCAAACUGUUUCUUUUUUCACAACAAAAAUUCACCUAAAUAUGGCAUUUCAUGUUCGUGACACUUUAAUACACCUACAAACUCAUAAGAAGCAUCAAAUUUCACAAAUUUAGACUAUGUCUGCGUUUGGAACAAAAAUUUGGAUUUCACUAUAUGAUUUGAAAUUACAUGGUGGCUUUUUUCCGGUUUUCGUUUCUGCGGUGGAAGUUUGUUUAAAAUUUUCACUCACCUGUGUCUCACGUUCGUAUUGCCCAAUUUUAAAAAAAUGGAUACCAUGAUUUGUCAAUAAAAUUAAUGAUUUUCCAUACCAAUUUGGAUGGGUACUUUCCACACAGUGACAGAAAAUAGUCUUUUCAAUUAUUUAAUGAGCCUAAAAUUUGUUUUGUUUUUCAUAAAAUCCAAUAUUAAAUAUUUUAUAUAUAAGUUUUCAUUAACUCAACAUUUCUCAUUAUCAUGAUUGUCAUAAUACUUUAGAUUUCGAUGUGUUCAUUUUAUAUUUUAGUUAAGUAUGUUGCUUAAUUUUCUCUUAUUAAAAAGUAUUAACUAUUGGCGCUGCGGUGUGGAAAUAUCUUUCCAUGCGUUUGAUAUAUUCUUUAAAAUUAUUUUUGGAGCUUCUAUUUUGAUUUGAUUCUCUUUUUAUGCAAAUUGCGGUACCGGUAAAAAAUAUGUUUCUUACUUUAAUUUUUAAAUUUGGAAUAGGACUUCAAUUUUAGUCAAUUUUGGAAUGCUAUUCCAAAGUUCAAUAUUGCGGUAACAAGCAUAACAAUAACUAAUCAGUGAAAAAGACUAAGGAAGGCUUAUGGAGCUCUAAAAAUAGUCAGAAUUGUCUCUAGCUUUAAAAUCUUAGUAUUGUAAGAGAUUUAAGUUAAUAUUGUGCAAAAAGCUUUUGAUUCAAGAAAAGGGUCCACAAUUUAAAUAAUAACACAUGUCUCGGCAUAUGUAGUCUAAAAGUAGCAGAUAAAUAUGUACUGUACUUUACAUUAUGAUGAGAAUUUGUUAGUUGACAUAUAUCAAUCUUUGUGUGAUAUUUUUAGAUCAGUUUUGGAAGAAAACUCAUCCAAUCAAUGUCAUGUCAAUGUUAUAUUUCUACACUCAGCACGACUAUAAUUUUUGUUUUUGUGAAUAAUUGUUACAAAAAAUAUAUUUAUCACAGUAAA